UUUGUUUUGAAAAGAGUAGUCAAAGAAGAAGGUCCUUGUCUCCAUUACCAUGCCUCCUCUACUACCUUUCACCUUACUUUUCGCCAUUGAAGAAAAAGCAGAAAAGAUAGCCGUCGGCCCGCCGGAAUAAAGAGUGUUCAACCCAAAUGAAGCUCCCUGUCUUCUGUGGUCUUUCAUUUCUGUUCAUCGUCACUUCAGUUUCUUGCGAAUCGCUUUCGAUUGCUAAAGAACUUAAAAGAGUGCAAACUGUUUAUCAUCGAUAUGGGAGAUGCCGCGAAAGAUCUUGCUUCUGGGACUCUUGGGGGAGCGGCUCAAUUGAUAUGUGGGCACCCAUUUGAUACAAUUAAGGUUAAGCUCCAAAGCCAACCUGUCCCGCUUCCAGGCCGACGUCCCAUGUAUUCCGGUGCGAUGGAUGCUCUCAGACAAACUUUAGCCUCAGAAGGCCCAAGAGGUUUGUACAAAGGUAUGGGAGUUCCAUUGGCUACAGUUGCUGCACAAAAUGCUGUUCUCUUCACUGUCAGGGGACAAAUAGAGUCCUUCUUUAGGCCUUAUCCUGGUGCUUCCCUUGAUGUUAGCCAACAAGUGGUUUGUGGGGCUGGGGCUGGCUUUGCUGUGUCUUUUGUAGCUUGUCCUACUGAGUUGAUCAAGUGCAGGCUGCAAGCUCAGAGUGCAUUAGCAACAUCGGGUUCAGUUGGUGUGGCAGUGAAGUAUGGUGGUCCAAUUGAUGUAGCUAAGCAUGUUUUCCAGUCAAAUGGAGUGAGGGGUCUUUUCAAGGGCUUAGUUCCAACUAUGGCAAGAGAAGCACCUGGAAAUGCAGUGGUUUUUGGUGUAUAUGAGCUGCUAAAGCAAUACUUUGCAGGUGGUCGAGACACGUCGAAUCUCGGAAAAGGCUCUGUAAUCGUGGCUGCGGGUGUCGCGGGAGCUGGAUUCUGGCUAGCUGUGUAUCCAACUGAUGUGAUAAAGAGUGUGAUUCAAGUGGAUGAUUUCAAGAACCCAAAGUUCUCUGGUUCUAUGGAUGCUUUUAGAAAAAUCAUGGCCUUAGAAGGAGUGAAAGGGCUAUACAAAGGUUUUGGACCUGCCAUGGCUCGUAGUGUCCCAUCUAAUGCAGCAUGCUUCUUGGUAUAUGAAAUCACAAGAUCUAGUUUGGGUUAGUUCAAGAAUUCUUUUGGAACUUCUUGUUCUCUAUGCUUCUGAAUGCAUAUUGGUUAUACCCUGUGGCUUAAAAGAAAAGCCAUUUUGAGGUAAUAAAAUUCAACAUGUCCUCUCCAUGUAGUGGUCAUUUUCUUCCUUUUCAUUUUCACUUGUUCCACUUUGCUUGUAAAACUCAACUCAUCAACUUCUCUGUGGGGAAAAUUAUAAUAAAUUGUGCCUGAGUGAUGGUUUAACUAGUGAUUUUUUUAAUACGAUAAGGAGAAGGAAAUUCGAACUA